AUGUGGUCAGAUGAGACCAAAAUCAAGCUCUUUGGCUCUUUUGACCCGCACACACUCAUGAAACGGAGAGGACGGAAGGGACUGAUUAAUCAGAGAGUUCACACUGGAGAGAAACUACACAGUUGUGAUGAAUGUGGGAAAACUUUCACUUCGGGGAGGAACCUCAAAGUCCACCAACGCUUUCACACUGGAGAGAAACCCUACAGCUGUGAUGAAUGUGGGGCAGCUUUCUUUAUAUCAAGUGACCUAAAAAGACAUCAACGCAUUCACACGGGAGAGAAACCCUACAGCUGUGAUGAAUGUGGGGCAACUUUCACUCGAUCAGGUCACCUGAAAACACAUCAACGCAUUCACACUGGAGAAAAACCCUACAGCUGUGAUGAAUGUGGGGUAACUGUCACUCGAUCAAUUAACCUGAAAAAGCAUCAACGCAUUCACACUGGAGAGAGGCCGUACUGCUGUAACCUAUGUGGGAAACGUUUUUCUCUGGAUAGUUCCCUUAAAACCCACCAACGUAUUCACACUGGAGAGAAACCGUACUGGUGUGACCAAUGUGGGAAAACUUUUUCUCGGGAUAGUUCUCUCCAAACCCACCAACGUAUUCACACUGGAGAGAAACCGUACAGGUGUGACCAAUGUGGUAAAACUUUUGCUCAGGUUAAUUCCCUUAAAUCCCACCAACGCAUUCACACUGCGUCAUUGUGAACAUUUUUCAGAGCCCAGCUAGCUGUUUCCUCCUGCCUCCUCCCCAUGCCCUGAUAGCUGUGUUGUUAUAUGCUCAGCUUCUCUCCACAUUGAAGGCUGACCAACAGUAAAUUUAUGUUUCAAACAGCAUGUAUAAUUUCGUGGCUAUGGCUACAUACUUGGACCACCAGAAACUUCCCAGUGGGACUCCGUUAUGAGGCUGAAAUGUCAGAACAUCUGGAAGAGUUUUCAAAUCACAAGGAAGAGAACCAACCACAAACCUUUAAAAAAUCUUAAAAGAAAAUUCUGGUUUAUUUCAACCUGAAGUAUUUCCCAUAAAUGUAACCAUUGGGACUCUAUGGGUCACGCUUACUUUCCACUCAGCACCUCUGUUAUAGAUAUUCAGGGAAACAAGGACUAGUGCGGAACAUUGAUAUCAGGGACAGCUGCUCAAGCCUCCUACAACUUUGGACAAUGAAUCGCCUGUAGUGUGAUGAGCAAAAGAUGAAAAUAAUAAUGCAGUUAUUCCUUAGUUCUUGAAACUUCUUCCAGGAACUUUACCUUACGUCUCAGGACACUAAGUGGUGAGAUCCUUAAUUUACAACUAGCUUGGUUAAGCUCACAGAGGAGAAACAACCACAAGACUUAGUACCCAUCCUGACCAUUAUGGCUGUUUAUUGAAUUAUGGGUUAAAGGCCCUGACAUCUGGUUCUGGGGUUGAACCCUG